UUCAUUUCAGGUUAUCCCAGUUAUAGUCAAGUAGUUCAUCAGUCAAGAGAGCCAACUUUAAGUGAAUCACAGAAUCAGCAGUCUUCUCCAGAACAAUUCCCCCUUCAGGCUCCGCCCAUGAUGCAGCAAAAUCAGCUAAUAAUGACGCAGCCAGGUCAGCCAAUAACGACGCAGCCAGGUCAGCCAAUAACGACGCAGCCAGGUCAGCCAAUGACGCUGCCAGGUCAGCCAAUGAUGCAGCAAGGUCAAUCAAUGAUGAUGCAACAUGGUCAAGUGGCACCAAUGUAUUCCCAAAAUACCACCAAUACAAACGUGAUAAUGGUCAACCAGCAGCCUGUUACUGCCCGUGCUGCCCCACGAGAGUGGAGUACGGGAUUGUGUGGCUGCUUUGACGACUGUGGCACUUGUUGGUAUGCGAUUUUCUGUGGAUAUUAUAUGUUGUGUGAGAUUUCUCAACGUCUAGGAGAGGGCAGAUGCUUUGUCUAUUUUUGCCCCUUUCCUCUUCUUAGCCUCAGGAUAAAAUUCAGAGCUGAGCAAAACAUCAAGGGAUCUCUGUGCAAAGACUACCUAACAGUUCAAUACUGCUACUAUUGUGCCUUGUGUCAGCUAUCGAGGGAGAUUGACCACGUUCAACGCAUACAAAGAGUCAAUUGAGGUUGUAAUAAAACACAUGGUAACUAAACGAUAUUCGCUAAUUUUCAGCACUUUCGUUUACAGUCUAGCUUGAUAGCAGUUUUAUAAUCAGCAUUUUAUUCUAUCUUAUUUUGAAACUGUUAAAUAAAAACUAGGAAGGUUUCUGAUGCCGUUCGGUGCAUGAGUAAUACGUUUAAAGAUUGUAGACCAUGUGUAAUGAUAAUAGUACAUGUAAUAACCUUUAUCUAUGUGUCAUAAAUAUCUAGCUUACAUUAAAGUAGGCUAUAAUAGGUGCUUUGCAACUCAGUAAUCACGUGCUUAUUAAUUCACUGAGAGCAAAUGAAUGAACAUCUUGAUUCCCAUGG